AGACGCGUGCAGUUUGCGCUGACCGGAGAUUGUACUAUCGUUGUUAUUAUGUUGGCAUGAGGAUCAAGUCUAGUGAGUAGCGGUGGAACCAACGUGCUGAUUAUGCCUAGAUAAACCAACGCAACUCUCUGACACUUUGUGUGAUAAUGGCAUGCGAUGGUUCGAUUGACGAUUUCCCCGACAAAGUGUUGUUGACCGGAUCACCGUCUUCAUGCACGUGCAUCAAUACGUGCAAAACCCACAACAGAAGUAGUAGCAGCGUGAGCAACACCAGUAUGGUUUUCCUCGGCUUCUUUAUUUUGUCUCUGUCUCUGCACAUUAUAACGCUGCUGUGCUACCUGGAUCUCCGGUCCGAAGUGAAGCGAGAAAUUUCUCAGCGGAGAGGAGGGGACGAAAAGUUGACCCUCGGUGGAACUGAUGUGACCGACCCGUUGAACCCCUCCGAUCACCGAGUGAUGGACCCCGGCGCCCGGGCACAGGGUCACGAGGAGAGGUUGCUCCACAGACAGCCGGAUGGCCACCCCACCAGACCCCCCUCAGCCCCAGGGGACAGUAGCAGUAUUCACAGACAGCAGGAUGGCCACCCCACCAGACCCCCCACAGCCCCAGGGGACAGUAGCAGUAUUCACAGACAGCAGGAUGGCCACCCCACCAGACCCCCCUCAGCCCCAGGGGACAGCAGCAGUAUUCACAGACAGCAGGAUGGCCACCCCACCAGACCCCCCACAGCCCCAGGGGACAGUAGCAGUAUCCACAGACAGCUGGAUGGCCACCCCACCAGACCCCCCACAGCCCCAGGGGACAGCAGCAGUAUCCACAGACAGCCGGAUGGCCACCCCACCAGACCCCCCUCAGCCCCAGGGGACAGUAGCAGUAUUCACAGACAGCCGGAUGGCCACCCUACCAGACCCCCCUCAGCCCCAGGGGACAGUAGCAGUAUUCACAGAGCCAAACGGAGCCCAAGGAAACAAUCUGACUCAGAAUCAACUGGGAAACGGAAAGAAACGGAAAGAAGAAAGAAAGGCAGGAAGAGGUCUCCUCCAGGAGCUCAGGGCUCCCCCGGUCCACCUGGUUCCCCAGGCCCCCAGGGGCCUCCAGGUAUCCCAGGUAUCCCUGGUAUUCCUGGUAGCAACGCUGUGGGCCUUGCUGGACCUCCUGGUCUCCCCGGAGCACAGGGGCCCCCCGGGCUGACGGGACCGGCAGGAGUCGUGGAUAAAACCAAAACAAGAGAAUUCCAGCCUGCUGUGGUGCAUCUACAAGGACAGGAAACCACCAUACAGGUUAAGGAGGACCUGUCUGAAGGUGUUUUGAGGAACUGGAAGAUGGUGACGAUCCACCACCGUGUCUUCAAGAUGCACUCUCGCUCCGGAGAACUGGAGGUCCUACUAGGUGGCAUCUACUUCAUAUAUAGUCAGGUAGAAGUGUACUAUCUCAACUUCACGGACAUCGCCAGCUACGAGGUGAUGGUAGACUCCACCCCCUUCCUGCGUUGUACCUGCAGCAUGGAGACGGGUCAGAGGAAGUUCAACACGUGCUACACGGCGGGGGUCAGCCUGCUGAGGGCGGGACAAAGGAUCUCCAUCAGGAUGGUCUAUGAUGACACGCUGAUCAGCAUGACCAAUCAUACUACGUUCCUGGGGAGCGUCAGGCUGGGGGAUUCCCCCUGACCAUGACCAAUACGGCACAACUUCUCCCUGACCAAUCACACCUCCUUCCUGGGACUUCCUGACCAAUCAUACUACGUUCCUGGGACGUGUCAAGCUGGGGGAUUUCCCCCUGGCCAAUACGGCACCACUUCCUGGGGCCCCCUGACUAAUCACACCUCCUUCCUGGCGCUCCAUGACCAAUCACACUACGUUCCUUUUGGAGCGUCCGGCUGGGGGGGAGACUCCCACAUCUGGACAUCACUAAGUAGUACAAUCAAUCUUGAUCUCCACUAUAAAAAGCAUCUAGACAUUAUCUCAUAUUUCUUUUAGACUCAAAUUUAGUUUUCAACAGUGGACAUGUGUAUAAAACUUUGUCUCUGACAUUUGCAAAAUUGUUUCAAUAUUCAGAUUGGAUCUCCAUCUGUCCCAUAGUAACGAACGUGUCGGGAGUCGGGACAGAGACAGACAGGCAGCGUUUCUCAGCCAGUCGAAAUCAUGAAUCGGCAUCAUUUUUAUUUAUACAAAGAAAUGUAAAUUGAAAAAAGGUAAAACGAAAUGAAGUGCAGCUGGUUUUCAGUCUUUCCAGCUUCAGUUUGAAGUGAUUGUGUUGGCUGUGUUGUUGGCUGUGUUGUUGGCUGUGUUGUUGACUGUGUUGUUGACUGUGU